AUGGCAGAUUCAGAGAGGCUGGCACAACGAUUGAUGGGGAUAUUCGAAAAAGGUGUCAGGCGUUCGGAAGAAAAAAUGGAAAGUCUUUUUCAUAAUUUAAGAGAAGAAGUCAAUGAAAGAAUGCAAACGCCAUUACGGUUGAAGAAAGAAAACAAAAUUGAAUCAAGAGGUAAGAAGGAAAAGAUUCACAGAAGAAGCAAUUAUUCCUCUGAUGAGUUUACUAUAUUAGAUGAUGGAUAUUGUAGACCAAAGAAAAUAUCAUCAAAGAAGGAAUCAAAAUCAUUUGAAACAAGGCUUAGAGAAGAGAAACACUCAAAAACUCAUACACAAAUCAUUAGUUUAUCUUCUGAUGCUGAUAGCAGUGAUGAUAAAAAAGAUCUUUCAAGAAGAGAGAAAAAAGGAAAAAGAAACACUCAAAAUGCUGAUAACAGUGAAGAUGAAAGAAAAUCUUCCAAGAAGAAAGACAAGAAUAAAAAGAUGAGGAGUUCAUCUUCUAGUGAUGACAGUGAAUAUCAACCUAAGAAACUUACUGGUAAAGCAGCAGAAUUUUACACAGCUAUAUCCGAGGAUGAUGAUCUAUCAUACAGAGCAUUAAUGAAAAAACUGGAUAAUCGCUUUGGAUUAAAAGAAUUACCAGAAACGGCACACUCGCGUUUUGUGCAAGCAUCUCAGAAUGCUAAUGAACCAUUAGAGGAAUGGUCAGAUCGUAUAAGAAAAUUGGCAUCGCGCGCUUUUAAAGAACUUCCUGAGAAAUAUGCAAACAGACAAACAAUAGUACGCUUUUGCGAGGGUUUAUAUGAUAAAGCAGCAGGUCAGAUUACAGGUAUGCACGAACAUAAGACAAUGGAAGCAGCUGAAGAAUAUAUAAGAAAGUAUCAGCAAGUUCAACAGAGCAUUUAUGGUAAAUUGAAAAGUUCGCGUGGUAUGCGAGACAAAGAUGAAGAAGGUGGAGCUGCGUCAAUUAAUGUUUAUCAAGUCCCAUCCGGUAAAGCAAGUGAUUCUUUAUCAUUGAACGAUGUACAAAAAAUGAUCAGUCAAGCAAUAAAUGAAUCUAGAGGAAACAAUGGUCAAAAUCAAUAUCCAAGAGGCGGCAAUAAUAGUAGAGGUUAUUACAACAAUAACAAUAACAGUAGAGGUUAUUACAAUAAUAACAGCAAUAGAGGUUAUUAUAUUAACAACAGAGGUUAUUACAACAAUAAAAGAAGCUAUAACAAUUGGAAUCAGGAUAACAACAGAAAUAGCAACAGAGAUAAUAGAUACUAUGGUAGUAGGGAUACUUGGAAUAAAGAGGGAAAUAGCAGCAAUGAUCAGCAAGGGGAACAAUUGUGUUACAAUUGUAAUCAGCAGGGGCAUAUCAAAUUCAAUUGUCCAGAGAUUGAAUGUUUUGGUUGCAAGAGGAAGGGGCAAUUAAGGAAAACUGCCCAGUAUCAGCAAGACAAUUAA